AUGCGUCGCGAGGCUCUCCGACGAAAUGCGACGUCGCCUUCGCCUGACGCUUCUCCCACGCCACCGGCCGUUGCCGCUCUUACUGCUCGAAAGGAUGUUUCGCUAUCCUUUGUAACAUCGGCUCCGUUCCGGGACGUCGCUUCACCGAUGAGCGCUUCACAUGCUUCGCUCAGCACAGAUCCUGUCCACGCUACACUCUCACCGCGACCCAUGUCUCCAGCUGCCUAUCGCAUUGAUUCAGCCAACACACACAGCAACAUUAAAGCCGCUCACGCUCCGAGUUGCCCACGUGACGCCGGAAUCCAUCAUGUCAACAAUGCGUCACAAUCGAUUUCGGCGACGCCAUCGAGUUCCAGCACAAAACGUCUCUCUUCAACCUUUUCGACGGAGCCAAGCCGCACUGACAAAGCUGCAGAACGGGCGUUCUACCGUCGCAUCCUUUUCCAAGACCUUUCGGCUUCGACCGAGGCUCCAUCCAUCACAGACGAUGCCGAUCUGAAUCACGAGAUCUACCUAUUGCUUGCUUACCUGCUGCGUGAGACGGUGCUUCCGUGGUACAGCAAGCUGACGCCUGACCGCGAGCUUCUGACCCAGAUCACAUUGAUCAUCACAUCGAUCAUCAAUACCGUGAUCGAACGUCAGGCUGCAGGAAGCUCUGCUUCUGCGGUCUCAUCGACCGCCUCGGAAAGCGAUAUCCACGCACCAAGGUCUGCUUCACAUGCCGACCUGCCAAGAAUUCAUACUAUGCUCUCGCGCGACAUACCGCUCAUUUUGCGGCAACACUGCUUAGACUUCAGACAGGCACAAGCCAAGGCUGAGAGUACAUGGGCUCCUCUGGGUGCGCAAUCGGCCUCGUCAGUGGCUUCGAACUCCCUAUCUCAGGCUGAUUCUGACGAACGAUUGCGCCAACAGGUCUUGGAGCAAUUGUCACCGUUUUAUCAGGAAGCAUUCGAUCCUUUGCCUAGUGCGACUCGGUCUGUAUCAGCGUUGCAACUGGCUUUGCACUUUCAAGCAACGUCGCCGCAUCCUGGUCUGAACCCUGCGACAGGUACGUUGGACGGAAAGAUUGAUCUCGCCUAUCUACGGAUUGCCGUGCUAAAUCUGCUUUCAUCGCUGCUGCCUGCUGAUGAGUUUGCUCCGGAUACGGAAAAGUUCAUUGUUCGCGAUGUGCUUGUGACGGUACUUCGAGGCGCUCUUGCUCGCUCGUUCCGGCCAUGGUUUUUUGUGCAGAGCUUACACAAGGCGCUGGAUGCAGCUGGCUGGCCGGCUGAUCCUACACCUCCACCUGUCGAGUCGCACAUCGACACGGAUGAUUCGGCUAGAGUUUUGGUCGACAGAAGUGCGGUUGCAGGUCGAGCUCCAACAGCAGUCUUACGCAUGAUCACUCGACUGCCAGCGAUGCUUCUGCAUGCUUGGACGCUCAUCAUCUUUACAGCCCUGCCGUUUCUUGUGCGCGCCUACCUGGAUCUCUUCAACGUGCAGCGGGCCCGCAGGCGGCGCACACAACAUCAGCCCAGGCCGGACAAAGUGUCGACCCUUCUACGCUCUUCUAGUGUUAAAGGUGGAAUGUCAUCUUCGCUGUCUACAGGCAGCUUCUUCGAACGCAAGAUGCAUGGCAGAUAUCCUUCGCACAGGUUCCAUUCUAGCAACGAUGACACCAUCACGGCGCAAGGUCACCUUUCGGCGAGCGAUGUCAAUUUCUCUGCGAUGCUUGAUCCGCACGACGUGGUGCAAGACGGAGCAAAGGAGGAGGGCAAACGAACAGUCGAUGAUCGAGAUUUGGCACCCGACUACGUUGGCAAUUGGCUUGAUACUCUCGAGGAAGUGCUCCUUACCAACACACAUGCAGUGUUGAGGGCACUUCUUGGUUUGAUGAGGACGGCAGUGGUCACGAGCGGGCUAGCUGAAUCGAUGAACCGCAUGCUGAUGCGCAGAAUCAACAGCGAGCUCAGAAAUACGCAGAAGCUCAGCCAGAUGGUACGCGAGCUUCGCAGGAUUUUGCUGCCGGAUGGACAUCUUCCACCAUCGGUUCCCGAUCCCGACAUAGAAACGCAAGAGACCGAGUGGAUUCGUCUUCGGGCCCGACUGGUGUGUGCAACAGCUGGGCCGAACGAGAAGAGCCAAAAGGCCUUCGUGCCAUGGCUCGUCAAGAGGAUGCUGCUGGGAAGUGCAGACGACGGACUGAGUCGUGGCGAUUCGGACGCAGGCCUCCAAGACAUCCAGAUUCAAGUGCAACGGCUCACGAUGUGGCUAGAGCCCUUUUGCUCUCCGCAAGCCGCUGGUCCAAACACUCUGUUAGCAAUCUUGCUAUUUGAGCGAGUCGUUGCCGCCAUAUGCCCUGAUUUGACACUUUCGUAG